CAGGGGUGCAGGGAAAUGCUGACGUUUGGAUCUGGAGAUAACAGCCUGAGAACAAUUAUAACAAAAAAAGACCAGUCGAUCCACAGCCAUGGUUCAAUAAAUAUGGCUAAAAAUUCUACGAUGGCAUAUAAAAUUCAAAGUACCAUUAUUUAUGGAUUUGCUGGGCUUCUGAUUUUAAUACACGUUUCAAAUGGCCUCAAUUUAGGGCUAAUAUCUGGCGAUCUCAAGCGUACUGCGAAUCCUAUAAAUAUUAGGAAGAUUUCGCAUCACUCCCCAGUGACUAUAAACUUAAAUUCCGGAAUGCCAAAACUACCAGCUGUAUUCCCACCUGUAUUAACAACAAAAUUAUCUAAAAUACCUUCGCCGACAAAAGCAAAGAGAAGAAGAUCUCUUAAAACUAAGCCCCUUCGUUUACAUAAAUUACCAAAAUUACCUAAGUUGCCUAAGUUGCGAAGAAUACCAAAAAUACCCAAGAUACCCAAAAUUCCAAAGAUACCUAAAAUUCCAAAAAUACCUAGAUUACCUCUUUUACCCUUAAUACCUCCAUUAUUACCACCUUUUAUACCAAAAUUACCAUUUUUACCUUUGUUGCCAAUCUUACCUCCAUUACCCCUUUUACCUCCAAUAUUACCUAGAAUUCCCAAACUGCUAAAGCUUAUUCGAAUUCCUAUCCUAGGAAAAAGCGGAUUAAAAGCUUUAGGGUCGGAAAUAACACCAAUCAGAGUUCCUGCUCCAAAUUUAAAAAGACAUGUUUUAGAAAAGCUUUUAAAGCUAAAAAAGGAUGGAUCACUUACGACGUCUGAGUUUAUACGAUUUAAGAAACUUCUGUUGUUGUAAUAAAUUAUAAAGUAAGAAAAUGCUUUUUUAUUUU